AUGAAGGUCAAAUUAUCAUGGGAAUUGGUAAACUCAUUUUCGGAAUUUUUAAAUGCGGACUCGGAUGAGGACGAUGAAGAAGAGUUAGAAGCCUAUAAUGAUUCGAUUCAAAGGUUAAAGGAUGCCGACGAGAUCACAAGAGCCAUGACAAGAGAAGAAUAUGUUCAUUAUUCUGAAUGCCGUCAAGCUUCAUUUACAUAUAGGAAAGCCAAACGCUUUCGAGAAUGGGCAAAUAUGUCAGCCUACAUUGACAUGAAACCCAAUGAUGAUAUUAUUGACAUCUUAGGAUUUCUCACGUUUGAGAUGGUCAGCAAGCUCACAGAGACGGCGCUUCGCGUCAAGCUAGAUCUCGACAAAGAACAAAGAGUACACAAGGGUCUCAAACGCCCACGCGAAAAUUCCAAAAAUUACAGUGAUAAUGUCUAUUUGUUUUCCCCGCCACCUCCUGAACAAACAGCCUUAAAAUCUUCGCACAUUCACGAAGCGUUCAGAAGGUUGCAAAUGGCACCACAACCCAUAAAAAAUUUCAGAGGUGGCCUCGUUCGAACAAAGGUUUCAUUGAUAUGA